AUGAAGGGCGAGGAAAUGCUGGAACUAGUAAUAGAUUUCAUUUUAACCCUGAUUGUAGAUAUAGAGCUGUAUAUAUGCAUCUUUAUACUCUUAGUAUAUCUUGUAAAUAACAAGAUAAAUAAAGUAACAAAAUUUAACUUUUAUAAAAGUGAUUCCCUCCUUAAAAAAUUAGCCAAAAACUUUUAUAUAGUAGAAUUAAAAGCAGACUUUAGCCCGACCAAAUAUGUAUUUAAAAAUAUUUUAUAUCAUAUAUAUUAUUCUAUUGUUAUUUUUACGCUGAUUUAUUUAUUUCGACUAUAUACAAUUAACACAAAAGAUAUCCAGAACCCAUAUGAAUCAGAUGAUUAUUUUUCUGUUGAAACUGAGUAUACAAAUGAAAAUAAUAGUGAGUUACAUAGUAUUAUCGAUUCAGGUAUGGUUCAUUUUCUUGCAUUUAUUUUUGGAAGCAUAAUUUCAGUAGGAUUUUAUACAAACAUUUGUAAAUUAUUUAAACGUAAUAAAAAAUAUGUAAGUAUACAAAAGUAUAAUCUAUUAAAAUAUUCCAUGGAUAUAGCUAAGGCAGAUUUCAAAGAUUAUUUAAAAAAACCAACAUUUGAAAAAGGAACUAAAUUUAAAUUAAAUUUAGGAAAAACUCUUAAAAUAUCACACAAGAUAAAUUCUGAAUUUAAUAAGCAAAUAAAGAACGCUUCUGCUGAAUCUAAAAAUGGUAUCAUGAAAUUAUCUAUAUCAUCCAUUUUUUAUAUUUUAUUUACUAAAAAACAUGUAUUAUAUGAUGAACAAUUUUUAUACGAUUCUUCUACAAAUGAUAAUGCGAAAGAUGAAAAUCAAUUAAAAGAAAAAGGAAAAUUAUGUGUAGUAUUUGAUAUGAUAUCGAAAGUUAUUAUGAAGAAGAGAAGCUUAAAAACGAAUGGAGACACAAAUACAAAGGAAGUAAAUGCAGGUGUAUCAACAUAUGGGGAAAAUAAGGAGGGUUUUAACCAACCAAAUAGCCAUACAACGGAAAAAAUCGAUGAAACAAAUAAAAAUGAUGAAAUAAAUGAAACCGACAAAAAUCAAGAACAUAAGGAAACAAAUGAGAAUUCUACAAAAUUGUGCACAGAAUUUAAGGAUAAAAUAAACAUGGAAAAUGUAUUAAAUAAUGAAUUAAUUAUUGAACAGGUAAAAAAAGAAUUAGAUAUGAAAAAUAAAAAAAACAUUAUUGCCGACGAUAUAAAAAAUGCUCAAAAUAUGGAUGUAAAGUUAACAAUUAAUAAUAUAAAAUUAUGUGAUAUAAAUGAAGACAUAAAAGAAGUAUAUAAUUGUUAUUCUUAUUAUUAUUUUAAAAGCCCAGUAGAAAUAUGUAUGCUGUAUUUACCUAUGUUCUUCUUUUUUAAAAAUAAAUUAUAUCUAAAACUAUUCUUUACCUUAUGGUUAUAUAUUAUUAAUUGGAUCGUAUGGAAUAUCAUAACAUUUAUGUCUAUGCUUAUGCCAUCUUUAUAUGCUUAUUAUUAUUUAUUCAAUGAACAUAUAAUAAGUAUAUUAAGUGAAAAUAUUAGUCAACAAGAGAAAAAUACGAUGCUGCAAUUUUUUUUUGGAUUUUUUGUUUCAUCACUUGUAUAUUUUAAAUAUUAUUUGAAUACCGAAUUUAAAUUAAUAAAAAAUUCUCAUGUAGAAUAUUUUCAAGCCUUAAUUGCUACCCUUUUAGAUGAAUGUUACAAAUUACGAUCCCAAAAAAUUAUAAAAAAUUUUGAAAAUUUAAAAAUAUUUCCACUAAAUAUUGAUUACCAAAAUAAGGGAAUAUUUUUAGAUAAAAGUCUAUUGCUCACCCCAAAAGAAUUAGAAAAAUUAGAAGAACAAAAACAAUUAAGAAAAAAUACAAUGUUGCUAAAAAACAUAGGAAAAAUAGCUAAAUACUGUGAUAAAAAUACAGCUAAUCAAAUAGCUGAGCAAAUCAAACUUGUUCUUUUAAAAGAAGUUCCACAAAAAGUAGCUCUUAAUAUUUCUCAUCAUAUAUCACAUGAAAUUUAUACAAAAAUUAAAAAUAACGAUGACAAAUUAGAAUCACAUAUAAACACCUUCCUCAAUGAUAUAUCAUUAACCAUUGAUCCAAAGAAGUAA